AUGGUCGUUUCUGGAAGUCACCUUGGCUAUUAUCACAUCAUGUCUACCGAACCUUCGACCAUUAUUCUCCAAGCUCAUGCCCAAGGUCUUCGCGUCUUCUUUCGGUCGAGGCGACCGUCCAUAUGUCUAUGGAUAUACUCCAACACACAGCAGUCAAAAUCUGAGUACGCCGCGACUUAG